AUAACGGAUGGCAAACUCUCCAGCUUCGAUGGCAGCUGCUUCUCCGUUGCGCCUUCUCCCUCUUCGCGCGACACCGCUUUCCGCUGGCGUUUCCUCGGCCUUUCCUUUCCCAUCCACUCUUCCUGAACGUUUUCAAUCAUUCUUCCCGGAAAAAGGUGAGUUCUUGCUGCUUGAAGAACCCCUUGCCAAUUGUCCCUCCUGCCUCCAGCCAGGAGGGAGGGUUCUCCGACGAGGACAAUGAUGAAACUGAAGAAGAAUACGGUAUCUCCCCUCUUGAUCUUGAAUUCAUGGAGGAAGAGGCCAGAGUUGCAGUCAGAGAGUACUCUCGUUCCAUCUCUCGUGAAUUAAGCAUAGAAGAUGAGAUCUAUACAGAAAAGGAAGUUGGUACUAAGAAAAAGUCUAGAAGAAGUUCAGAUGGACAUAUCCCUGAUCAUCUUCUUCCAAGGGUGGCUAUUGUAGGAAGGCCAAAUGUUGGUAAAUCGGCAUUGUUCAACCGUCUUGUUGGGGGGAACAAGGCGAUCGUUGUCGAUGAACCUGGUGUUACAAGGGAUCGCCUGUAUGGGAGAUCCUUUUGGGGUGAAUAUCAAUUCAUGGUAGUAGAUACUGGUGGAGUUAUGACUGUCUCAAAAUCACAGGCUGAUGUCAUGGAGGAACUAGCAAUUACAACUACUAUUGGUAUGGAUGGUAUUCCUCUUGCUUCGAGAGAAGCAGCUGCUGCUAGGAUGCCCUCAAUGAUAGAGAAGCAAGCUAUUGCCGCUGUGGAAGAGGCUGCUGUUAUUAUAUUCCUUGUUGACGGACAGGCAGGUCUGAUCGCAGCUGAUGUGGAAAUCGCAGAUUGGUUACGUAAGAAUUAUUCAAAUAAGAACAUAAUUCUUGCUGUGAACAAGUGUGAGUCUCCACGCAAGGGAUUGCUACAAGCAUCUGAAUUUUGGUCUUUAGGAUUUUCACCUCUGGCAAUAUCUGCUGUUUCUGGAUCUGGAACUGGUGAACUCCUUGAUCUCAUCUGUUCAGGGCUGAAAACAAAUGAGGCCUUUGAAAUUUCAGAAGAAGAAAAGGAAGAUUAUAUUCCUUCUAUUGCUAUUGUCGGCAGGCCAAAUGUUGGAAAGAGUAGCAUUCUGAAUGCUCUAGUUGGAGAAGACAGAACGAUUGUGAGUCCAAUCAGCGGGACUACUCGUGAUGCCAUUGAUACUGAAUUUGCUGGGGAAGAUGGGCAGAAGUACAGUCUCAUUGAUACUGCUGGAAUUCGGCGGAGAGCGGCGGUAUCUUCAUCGGGUAGUACAACAGAGGCAUUAUCAGUAAAUCGAGCAUUCUGUGCCAUUCGUCGUUCAGAUGUGGUAGCUUUAGUUAUUGAGGCCUUGGCCUGUGUAACAGAGCAGUCUGAUUGUUCCGUUGCAAUGCCUAAGGACUACCGAAUAGCAGAAAGAAUAGAGAGAGAAGGCAAAGGGUGCAUCAUUGUUGUAAACAAAUGGGAUACCGUACCAGACAAAAAUCAACAGACGACUACAUAUUAUGAUCAGGAUGUCAGGGAGAAGCUCCGUGAACUUGAUUGGGCACCCAUUGUUUAUUCAACUGCAACAAGUGGCCACAGUGUUGACAAAAUUGUUGGUGCUGCUAGUAUGGUUGAAAGGGAAAGAUCAAGAAGACUAGGCACUUCAAUUUUGAACCAAGUUGUGCAGGAAGCAUUAGCUUUUAAACCACCGCCAAGGACAAGGGGUGGCAAAAGAGGACGUGUUUAUUAUUGCACCCAGGCUGCUAUUCGUCCUCCUACCUUUGUUUUCUUUGUUAAUGAUCCUAAGCUAUUUCCUGAGACUUACCGACGUUACAUGGAAAAGCAACUACGCUUGGAUGUGGGGUUUCCUGGUACACCAAUCCGCCUUUUGUGGCGCAGCAGAAGAAAAGUGGAUAAAAGGUAAUACGUGGGAAUCAACAGACAUGUGCUGUCUCUCAGUUGAAAUUCUGGUCAUUUGGUCCCAACUUGAUCCUCAAUAACGAGAUUACGGGAAUGCAAGUAUAUUACUGUUUCUUUAGAGAUAUUACUGCAUCCUGUCUUACUGGGCUGGGAAAUAAUAUUAGUGACAGUUGCUUAAGAUAGUCAUCCACAGCUGCAUUAUCCCAAUGUUCAUUCCUGAUUGCUUGUUUCCAUGUAUGGUAAUGCACUUCUUUUCGACAAUGUAUAAUUAUCUAUUCCAAGCUACUACUCUUCAAGCAAGCAGGGACGAUUGA